CGGGCUGCCCCUGGCAGUUGGUGCAGCGGCGGUUGGGGUGAGUGCGCUCACCCCACCCCUCCCCUCCUCGGCCCGGGCCCCGGCCCCCACCCCGCGGGGCCCAGCCCCAGCCCCAGCCUCCGCCGGGCCCGUCCCGUGCGGGCCCGUGCCACCCCUCAGCCGGCGACGCCCGGGGCCGCCCGCCCGCCACCAUGGAGCUGGAGGACGGUGUGGUAUACCAGGAGGAGCCCGGAGGCUCCGGGGCCGUGAUGUCAGAGCGGGUGUCCGGCCUGGCCGGCUCUAUCUACCGCGAGUUCGAGCGGCUCAUCGGGCGCUACGACGAGGAGGUGGUCAAGGAGCUGAUGCCACUGGUGGUGGCCGUGCUGGAGAACCUGGACUCGGUGUUCGCGCAGGACCAGGAGCACCAGGUGGAGCUGGAGCUGUUGCGGGACGACAACGAGCAGCUCAUCACCCAGUACGAGCGGGAGAAGGCGCUGCGCAAGCACGCCGAGGAGAAAUUCAUUGAAUUUGAAGACUCUCAAGAACAGGAGAAAAAGGAUUUGCAGACACGAGUGGAGUCUCUAGAAUCUCAAACAAGACAACUCGAACUCAAAGCAAAGAACUAUGCGGACCAGAUCAGCAGACUUGAAGAGAGAGAAGCAGAACUGAAGAAGGAGUAUAAUGCACUGCACCAGAGACACACGGAGAUGAUCCAUAAUUACAUGGAACACUUGGAAAGAACCAAACUUCAUCAGCUCUCAGGGAGUGAGCAGCUAGAGGCCACAGCUCACAGUAGAAUUAGAAAAGAGCGUCCUAUCUCAUUAGGGAUUUUCCCUCUACCUGCUGGAGACGGGUUGCUCACACCUGACACUCAGAAGGGAGGCGAGACCCCAGGAUCAGAGCAAUGGAAAUUUCAAGAAUUAAGUCAACCACGCUCUCAUACCAGCCUGAAGGUCAGCCAUAGCCCUGAACCUCUGAAGGCUGUAGAACAGGAGGAUGAACUUUCUGAUAUUAGUCAGGGUGGAUCUAAAGCUACCACUCCAGCUUCAACAGCAAAUUCAGAUGUGUCAGCAAUUCCUCCUGAUACUCCGUCAAAGGAAGAUAAUGAAGGACUUGUAAAAGGCACAGAUACACCAAAUAAGGCAGAGAUAAGCAAACACAUAGAAGUACAAGUUGCUCAAGAGACUAGGAAUGUGUCUACAGAUUCUGCCGAAAAUGAAGAGAAAUCAGAAGUUCAGGCAAUCAUUGAAUCCACUCCCGAACUGGAUAUGGACAAAGACCUCAGUGGAUAUAAAGGUUCAAGCACGCCCACCAAAGGCAUAGAGAACAAAGCUUUCGAUCGCAAUACAGAGUCUCUCUUUGAAGAACUGUCUUCAGCUGGCUCAGGCCUUAUUGGAGAUGUGGAUGAAGGAGCAGAUUUACUAGGAAUGGGCCGUGAAGUGGAGAAUCUUAUACUAGAGAACACACAGCUGCUGGAAACCAAAAAUGCUUUGAAUGUAGUGAAGAAUGACUUAAUAGCAAAAGUGGAUGAGCUGACCUGUGAGAAGGAUGUGCUUCAGGGAGAGCUGGAAGCUGUGAAACAAGCCAAGCUGAAGCUAGAGGAAAAGAACAGAGAACUGGAGGAGGAGCUCAGGAAAGCUCGUGCAGAAGCUGAAGAUGCAAGGCAAAAAGCAAAAGAUGAUGACGAUAGCGACAUUCCUACCGCCCAGAGGAAGCGGUUUACCAGAGUGGAAAUGGCCAGAGUUCUCAUGGAGAGAAACCAGUACAAAGAGAGGCUGAUGGAGCUUCAAGAAGCUGUGCGAUGGACAGAGAUGAUCCGGGCCUCCCGAGAAAAUCCAGCUAUGCAAGAAAAAAAAAGGUCAAGCAUCUGGCAAUUUUUCAGCCGACUUUUUAGCUCUUCAAGUAAUGCAGCAAAGAAGCCCGAACCCCCUGUUAAUCUGAAGUACAAUGCCCCCACCUCUCACGUGACUCCCUCCGUGAAGAAAAGGAGCAGCACUUUAUCUCAGCUCCCUGGUGACAAGUCCAAGGCGUUCGAUUUCCUUAGUGAGGAAACUGAGGCUAGCUUAGCCUCCCGCAGAGAGCAAAAGAGAGAGCAGUAUCGGCAGGUGAAGGCUCAUGUUCAGAAGGAAGAUGGCCGAGUGCAAGCUUUCGGUUGGAGUCUGCCUCAGAAAUACAAGCAGGUAGCCAAUGGUCAAGGGGAAAAUAAGAUGAAAAAUUUACCUGUGCCUGUCUAUCUCAGACCACUAGACGAAAAAGAUGCGUCUAUGAAGCUGUGGUGUGCUGUAGGAGUCAACUUAUCCGGCGGCAAGACAAGAGACGGCGGGUCUGUGGUCGGAGCAAGUGUGUUUUACAAGGACGUUUCUGCUCUGGACACUGAAGGCAGUAAACAGCGGAGUGCGUCUCAGAGUAGUUUAGACAAGUUGGAUCAAGAACUCAAGGAACAACAGAAAGAAUUAAAAAAUCAAGAAGAAUUGUCCAGUCAAGUCUGGAUCUGUACCAGCACCCAUUCAACUACAAAGGUUAUCAUCAUUGAUGCUGUUCAACCUGGCAACAUCCUAGAUAGUUUCACUGUUUGCAAUUCUCAUGUUCUGUGCAUUGCCAGUGUCCCAGGUGCUCGAGAGACCGACUACCCUGCAGGAGAAGAGCUUUCUGACUCUGGUCAGGUAGACAAAGCAUCUCUGUGUGGAAGCAUGACCAGUAACAGCUCCGCAGAGAUGGACAGCUUGCUGGGAGGCAUCACAGUGGUCGGGUGCUCCACAGAAGGAGUGACGGGAGCUGCUACUUCCCCAAGUACCAAUGGUGCUUCUCCGGUGAUUGAAAAGCCACCAGAGAUGGAGGCUGAAAACAGUGAGAUUGAUGAAAACAUUCCAACAGCAGAAGAAGCCACUGAAGCCACAGAGGGCAAUGCAGGAUCCACUGAAGACGCUGUGGACAUCUCCCAGCCUGGCGUGUACACAGAACAUGUGUUUACAGAUCCUCUGGGAGUUCAGAUCCCAGAAGACCUCUCCCCAGUGUUUCAGUCAAGUAAUGACUCAGAUGUGUACAAAGAUCAAAUAUCAGUAUUGCCAAAUGAACAAGACCUUGUGAGAGAAGAAGCUCAGAAAAUGAGUAGUCUUUUACCAACCAUGUGGCUUGGAGCUCAAAAUGGCUGUUUGUAUGUCCACUCAUCUGUAGCCCAGUGGAGGAAAUGUCUCCAUUCCAUUAAGCUCAAAGACUCAAUCCUCAGUAUUGUACACGUGAAAGGAAUUGUGCUGGUGGCCCUGGCUGAUGGCACCCUUGCAAUCUUCCACAGAGGACUUGAUGGACAGUGGGACCUGUCAAACUAUCACCUCUUAGACCUCGGACGCCCUCAUCACUCCAUAAGAUGCAUGACCGUGGUGCAUGACAAAGUCUGGUGUGGCUAUAGGAACAAAAUCUAUGUGGUUCAGCCAAAGGCUAUGAAGAUAGAGAAAUCAUUUGAUGCACACCCCAGGAAGGAGAGCCAAGUACGGCAGCUUGCGUGGGUGGGUGAUGGCGUAUGGGUUUCCAUCCGCUUGGAUUCCACGCUCCGCCUCUAUCAUGCACAUACAUACCAACAUCUCCAGGAUGUGGACAUUGAACCUUAUGUAAGCAAAAUGUUAGGUACUGGAAAACUGGGUUUCUCUUUUGUGAGGAUAACAGCUCUUAUGGUGUCUUGCAAUCGUUUGUGGGUGGGGACUGGAAACGGUGUCAUUAUCUCCAUCCCAUUGACAGAAACAAAUAAAACCUCAGGGACUCCAGGUAAUCGUCCUGGAAGUGUAAUCCGUGUAUAUGGUGAUGAAAACAGUGACAAAGUGACUCCAGGGACAUUUAUACCCUACUGUUCGAUGGCACAUGCGCAGCUUUGUUUCCACGGGCACCGGGAUGCUGUGAAAUUCUUUGUGGCAGUCCCCGGUCAGGUCGUUAGCCCACAGAGUAGCAGUAGUGGAGCAGAUCUAACAGCUGACAAAGCAGGCUCGUCUGCACAGGAGCCCAGUAGCCAGACACCCUUGAAGUCUAUGCUUGUCAUCAGUGGAGGAGAAGGCUACAUUGACUUCCGAAUGGGUGAUGAAGGUGGAGAAUCUGAACUUCUUGGAGAGGAUCUUCCACUGGAACCUUCAGUCACCAAAGCAGAAAGGAGUCACCUGAUAGUGUGGCAGGUGAUGUGUGGCAAUGAAUGAGUCCAUGAGAGACAGGUGGAGAUGAGGAAGUUGCCUCUUCUGCAUGGUUUCUUUUCCCUUUUCCCUUUAUUUAAUGCUCUUUUCGUGAAAGACAUUUCACCACAUAAUAUGUGAGCAUUUUUUUCCCUGUUACCUUUAUGUCACAAAAUCUGUUCUAUGGUAACAAUACAGAGAGGAGCGAACUGGCUUACUGCACCAGUGUUAAUAGGAAAUUUCAGUAUAUCAUGAACAAAUCAAAGGUUUACUUUCUGCAAACUGGUGAAUUACAGAGAGCAAUCCAGAUGUGGUUUGCUCUGCCACAGUCUAAUGUCACUCACUUAAUUGAUGAAGUCAUGUUUUACCUAUCACUAAUAAUGAAACUAAUGGAAAAGACUUAAUAAAUGAAAUUGUACUGUGAAGUACAAUAGAGUUUUUCCCACUGUAUUAUAGAAUUGACACACUAAUAUCAGAAGGAUUAUCAGGAAUUAUCUGGAUGUCCCAAGAGGGCUAAGAGCUAACUGUAAAUUACUUUAACUUUCACUUUCAAUCCUGACAAAUCUUGUUUAUAUGGUAUAUAAAGCUUUGUUUUCAUCAGACUUGGGGGGGUUUUAUAUUAAAGAAAUUAAGGCUACACUAUUUAAAUAAAAUUUCUUGUUCCUGUCUCAUUAGAAAUCAAAAAUUUAUGAAGCCUGCUUCUCUGAAUAUUCUCAUUUUUUAGAUUAAUUUCACCCAUUUUCAUACUGACAUUUAAGAAAUGUAUUAUCUGAAGUUUAGGAAAUAUUCUGGGAAGUGCAGAGGGCACUUCAAUAUUGGAAGGAUGUUCUAAAAGGAACUCGUGUUUUGUACUCCUUGUCCUAGAGGAUGGUGGUAGUGGAUUCAGUUUUUUCCAUGGAAAAAAUGUACCUGUUAGCCACAUGUCCCCAGGCUGCUCUUAACGUGUCAAGGAGGGGACACUGUGGUGGCUGUGGAUUCUGCCCCAUUUGCUGAAUGCUGAAUGAUUAGAAAAGUUGGCUUGUUUUGCUCUGUAUAAAACCUACCAAACACCUAGUGCUUGCUUGGUAUAAAUAAUCUUCAGCAUUGUCCCUGCUUCACGCCAUCUCCCAGGGAAGCGCCCAGCUCCAUUCAUGGCAUCCAGCUGAGAAAGUGGGUUCACAUCUAGCUUUGACCGGUAACCUUAGGAGGCUUCAAAAGCCACGAUGCUAUAGACUUGCUCCCUCUCUCAAGCUUCCUGAAAAUGUGUGCUUUACCUUUCCUUACCAUCGCUUCGAGCAAAGGUAAACAUGAUUGUAUGUGGCCUCUUAAAGGGACGCCGGAAACAGGUCCUCUGUCACUGGAAGGACCGCCUCACAGACAGGACACCCAACACAGGUCUCUAAUUGUCUGAGCAUCCUUGAGUACCGGGGAUUUGCCCCAGACUGUGAUACAGAACUAUAUGUAACAAGUAUGCCAGGGGUUUUUUCACACGUGUAUGUUAGGCUAGAUCCUAAAACACAUAGGACCUAGUGAGCAUGGGAGGCUUUUGUAUCAUUAAGCACAGUGGGCACACUCUAAAAUUGUAGCCCUGUAUGUUUUAAAAGAAAAACACGUGUUUUGAUAAAGCUGUACAAAGAGUAAUAUUUUGUUUGAUCUACUAAUUCAUUUUUCUUUGGAGCAAACCACUUUUCCUUAGCUUGUUUGCUAUGCUUUUAUUUUAAAUCUGAGUCAUUUGGGGCAAAUACUUUUAAAAAUCAUUAUUAAAAUUUAUUGGAAAUUAUAAAUUCAUAAGGAGACACAAAAGUUUUGGAGACUUUUAGUCCCAAGAAGUGUCCCUUUGUCAGACCCCCUCAUCAUUGUUCAGAAGCACUUACAUGUGUGUGUGGUCCAGAGUAACUCAGGGAAUUGGAAGCUAAAGAAUGUGUUACCCUGGUUAUAAUUGUUUCUUUGAAUUUAAUGAUGUUGACCUCACUUGCAGACUAUAGGUGCAUGGUGAUUUUAGCUAAAGACCUCAAGUCACUGUGGCCCUGUGCACUGUUUCAAAGCCUGGAGAAAGCAGGAGUGCCUGCACAGCUUGUUUUAAGGGCUGCGCUUGCAUUUGGAAUUCUGCUUCUCUUCCCCCAUAACACAUAUGCUCUUGUGGUGUUUAUUUUGGUGAAGGGGGUGAUCUUUGGCAGAAAUACCAGGAUAUAUGCUGCUUGCAAACAGUGACAGGGUCUAAAUUGCCAUUGUCACCACAGGGCCAAGAAGGCUCGAGUGCCUCUAGGCAGCCUCACAGGCAAAAACAAAACAAAACUGACUUUUAAAGGAAGAAAAUAGAGCGCUAAGAGUUCUCAUUUUGUUACAUCUGGGUUACAUGGGUUAUAUAUGAGGCUGAACCCCACGAAUUACCAGUGAACAGCCAUUGCUGGUCUGUAGAAACAGCAGCACUGUGUGUCUCAACCUAACACCAUAGGAAGUGCGGGUUAAAUCUCUGGGAAGCAAAAGGAGGGAGACUGCUUUCUAGAACUCAGUUUUGAGCAUAUCUGUCUCUAACUCAUGUAGAUCCAAACUUGUAUCUCUUACAAGCUGCAGCUUGGGGGGUGGCGUAUAAAACACUUCAGCACAGAGCAGUGCAGCUCACCUCUAUGCGGGUGGAGUGUGUUUACUGUGGAAAGUUUGGAAUACACUCUCACCCUCUGGAGCUGAGAGGAGACUUAAUGUGCAGCCUUUGUAACAAACCUCCAGAGAAGGUGUGUCUUGCAAAUGCCAUGGAAAUGGAGAUCUGUUUCCUAGUAAGUAUUAGGACUAUUACCAAAGCACUCGGCCAGAUUUGGGGUUCUUCUUAAUUGAUCAUGUUGGGAAAGAGGCUGACUGCAUCCCACUUUAUAAGAUGGGAAAAGAAGGAAAUAAAUGUUGAAAUUAUAAAUGCUUUUCUAACAGGGUUGUGCUAUUCUGUAACACUAAUUGUCUUUCUCUUAAAAAUGAAGUUUUAUUAAUAAUUUUAUCAUAUAUUUCUCAAUAUUUGAAUAUGUUUUAACUGUUUGUGUCCUAAAUUUGUUUUCAUUCUAGAAAUCCAGAACUUUACUUGCCUCAUUAAAUUGGGUUCUAGAAUGUCCCAUUUGCUGUCUUUAGAGGCCAAGGCUUUGUUUCUAUGCGUAAAAGCUCAUUUAGCGAUGUAGUUAUUUCAGUAUUUAUUUCUAUUAUGGAAUCCCUGGGGUUCGGAAUGUAACUUUGUACAUGAAAUAUAUAUAAAUAUGUAUAUGAAACAUA